AUGGACGCUCUUUCCGGUGCUGAGCAGCGCGAGCUGCAGGGUCGCAUGGAGAGGAAGCAGAUGAAGGAGUUCAUGACGAUGUACUCGAACCUCGUCCAGAGGUGCUUCGACGACUGCAUCAACGACUUCUCCACCAAGUCCCUCGGCUCCCGCGAGGAGGGCUGCGUCAUGCGCUGCGUCGACAAGAUUCUCAAGGGCUCCGAGAGACUCGGCAACCGCUUCCAAGAGCAGAACGCUGCCAUGGCCCAGGGCGGCACCCUUCCCAACAGGUAA